GUGACUGCAGCUGCACAGUGUCCAGCGGUGGCACUGGGGCACACACCUGAGGGGGUUCCUGGUUCUAGAUAAUCUGGGUAUUGCCCUUCACCUGGUCUUGGGUUUCAUUUUCUUGAACGGGACAUCAAAUUUUCUUGUGCAGCGAAGGUUUGUCCUGACUGCAGUGAGUGGCUUGUGUGUUAGGUUUCAUUUCAUCUACAACUCCAACCUUCAGAAUCAACCAUCAUGUCCAGGGUGGCCAGGUUUCGGCGGCAAGUGAGUGAAGACCCUGACAUAGACAACCUGUUGUCCACCUUGUCCCCGGAGGAGAUGGAGCAGCUGCAGAAGGAGCUAGAUGCCGGGGACCCAGAUGCUGGUUUGUCUGCGGGACUACGCAGGGACCAGACUGAGAGGGCUUCAAGCCAAAGGGAGGCAGAGAGGGAGAGCAAGAGACUGGCGCAGGCCCAGGCGGCACCUGAGAGUGGAAAAUCUUCACAAAAGGUAAAGGAAGAGGCACAAAAAGAAGUCAGUGCAAAGGAGACAAAAGAAAAAACAAAAGACCCUCCACAUAAAAAACUGGAAGAAACUAAAGACACCAAAACAAAGGCAACUAGAGAAACAGAGAAACCAAAGGAGGAAAGAGUCAGCAAAAUGAGAGAGAGAGUCAGGCAAGAGAAAAACAGUAGUGUGGUAGAUAAAGACAAAUUAAAAAGAACUUCGUCUAAAAAGCUAGAUGAAGAGAAAGAUCCAAAACCAUUAGAGAAGGAUAAAACAGAAAAAGUGGCUACUGAAAACAAAGUAGAGAAGAAGAUCGCAGACAAUAUUGAAAAGAAGGAAGUUGCAGAGGUACAAUCUGAGAAAAAACUGGACAAAAAUAAAAAUUCUGAAAAGACCCCAGAGAAAAAAGAGAAACCAGGGAGUGUCCAAGCCAAUAAAAACAACACACAAGAAAAACAAGCAACUGAUCAAGAAAAGAAUUUGAAGAACACAGAGGCACAACGAGCUGAAAAUGGAUCUAAGAAUGGAGCAGAAGAGAAUAAAGACGAUGACUCAUCAAGUAUUUUUGAUGAACUCCUAGAAAAAGUGAAAAAUAAUGAAGCUGAGCUAACAGAGCUGAAUCUGAACAAUUCCGACUGUAUUACCAUUGAGACACUAAUGAGUUUUACAGAGGCUUUAGAGUUCAACACUGUGGUUAAGAUCUUUUCUCUGGCAAACACACGAGCUGAUGACCAUAUCGCAUUGGCUAUUGCUGCCAUGUUGAAGUCUAACAAGACCAUUACUAGUAUCAAUCUGGAUUCCAACCACAUCACAGGAAAGGGCAUAUUAUCCAUAUUCAGAGCUCUGCAGCAUAAUGACACACUUGCUGAACUUCGUUUCCAUAAUCAGCGCCACAUUUGUGGUGGGAAAACUGAGAUGGAAAUAGCAAAGAUGUUAAAAGAAAACACUACUCUCUUAAAACUUGGAUACCAUUUUGAGCUAGCAGGGCCACGCAUGACUGUUACUAACUUGCUGAGUCGCAACAUGGACAAACAAAGGCAACGGAGAAUGGCAGAGCAGAAAGCAUUAAAAGAAGCAGAGAGCAAGAAGAACUGUUUAGAAGUUCCCAAAGUAAUUCCUCCUCCAGAAGAGUCCACCAAAUCAUUGAGAAAGCCAGCUGCCAACAAUCGCCAAAAGGGCACUUUAAAAAAAGGAGGAGCACCUGUUCCUCCCCCACCACCUCCACCAAUGGCUCCUCUGGCACCACCACUUAUUAAUGAUAACAUUAGAAACUCUCUUUCCCCUGCUUCUCAGAGAAGAAUUGUAGAAAAGACUGGGCCUGCAGAGAAGAACUCAAGAGAUAAACUUCUUGAAUCAAUUAGGUCUAGUAAUGUCAAACAGCUUAAAAAGGUGGAAGUGCCCAAGUGGCUGAAGUAAACAGGAUUACCAAAGGGAAAAGUUCUUCUGUUGCCUUGUGCUUCUGAAUCCAUAUCUGUUAUUGCAGCAAUAACUCAAGAUGCCUUUGGGUCCAACAGCCUCUCUUAGCCAUCAUUGCUAGUGAAAGCAUUUUUGUAUUAUAUCAAUGUGACUAGCUGUUUACAUAUCCAUUAUAUCAACAUUUGCAGCCAACAGUCCUCUGACCCAGCGGGGACUGGAUGAUAUCAUUUCUGCUAAUCUUACUGGGAUCAAUAAGGGAUCAGUGAGGAAUGGGAAUUUCUCAAGCACUUUUUCAAGGCAGGAUACUAUGUAUUGAAUGCAUGUAAUAUGUUGCAUAUUGCUGAAGCCCAUUUUGAAGGUCUCUUUUUGCUACUGUCCAUUCGAUCCCUUAUUUCACGACCCCCGUAGUUUGUCAGCAAAAUAUAUGGACUUUGCCAUUAUUUUGUAUAUGUAACAGCCACAAUAAAUGGAAAAUCACAAUUAUAUGUUGGAAAAGAAAACAUUUCUUCUCUGUCACUUAGUACAUGAAGCACUUUCCUCUGUUACCCUCCACUGUGAACUGGUUAACAGAUACAUGGCGCAAAGGCUGUGUGAAAACAUAGAUGGGUACUGAGUAUCACUGUUAUUUAAAAUGCUUUAUUUGCACAGACAUAUUUUUGGACUAACUGUAAAUUUAUUGUGGAAAAGAUUGUUUCAAGAGCUUAAUAAACUUCAGAAACACA